GUAACGGCCGAAUCCUCAGUGCCACAACACGGUCAUGGAUGCAAUCACAUGAGGGCAUUCCAGUGCAUGACUGCUAAAAAGCUCUACUAAACCAUUUUCAGACGAUUCUCGUGCAAGACUCAUCAGUGGUCUGAACACCGGCAAAGCAGAAGGGGUACCCACCAUACGAUAACUGCAAAUGGCCAAGAGCAAAAAUCGGAGAAUAUUUUGCCGGCGAUACUUCGACGCUUGUCAAAGCGACGUCCAAAACUAUUUCGUUCCGCCACAUCCACUGCUGCAUGCUCAUCACCAUCAAAGCAGAAUGCACACGAAAUAAGUAUCCCGGUUAUCGAGAAUAAUUGCACGGAUGAAUUCGACGACGAUAAAAUCUUCGACGACACAGUGGUGAACGACGAGCCGAACAGCCAAACAGAACCCGAUCCACCAGCUAACUCUCAAUCGGACAUCGAAUUGGUAUCAAUAUCUUUACCACUGAGUGCCCACACCAGUUACGCCAACUCUGCACCAUGCCCAUGUUCACAAGCGAUCAUCAACAGGCUGCCUUUAAUUGAAAUGAACGGAGACGCAAACGAAAGUGGUCCGACAACGAUUUUGGUACCAAAUGCUAACUUCGUCGAUUAUUGUAAUACGCACAUGCAAAGGGAACAAGAUCACCAACAGAAUCGACCUGAACAGCCGGCCGCAGAAACGGGGAGGAGGAAUGUUGACGAUGGGAUUUUCCCGAAUGAUGCGAACAACCAUAAGUUUCGUCUUCUACGCUUGCGACGUCAGCUUAAGGUGGAUGAACCCGAUACAACUCCCACUGAAGAAUGUAUUAUUCAAAAUCCUCAUGCUUCCGAUUCGUCCACUAUAAAAAAUAACGUUCUGGCAGAUUUCGCGGAUGAUAAGCGCACGCAAACACCUCCAACGGUUACGUUCGAUAAAAAUGUGAAAGACACUGACUGUACAACAGAUUCGCAGGAAUGCACGGCACCUUUGACAAACGAUAACAACAAACAAGGAGAAAAGGAGCAAUUCCCAUUGCUGCUGCAACCCGUUGUUGUGAACUCAAAUUUGAUCCAAAUUGGAUUCAUAAAAACCGAAAUUAUUGAUGUCUGUUCAUGUGAAGGAAAUCAGUUUUGUUCAUUCAGAGUGAAUACAUCUGGUGGAUUCGCAGUGCGCAUUGUGAAGCGUAAAUUGAUUCCGAAGGAAAGUAGUCUUAAGCGAAAGGUGUCAAAAUCGCAACGUAAAGAGAAAAGGGCCACAAAAACGCUUGGUAUUGUGGUGGGUAUUUUUUUGAUUUGUUGGGUGCCGUUUUUCUCAAUGAAUAUCCUGAAUGGCAUUUGCAUCAAGCUCGGUAACGAAAUGUGCCAGAUUGGAUUUGGACCGUUCUUCUAUUCCACAUGGAUCGGCUACAUGAAUUCAUUCAUGAAUCCAAUCAUAUACACCAUAUUCAAUACGGAAUUUCGACGUGCGUUCAAGUCGAUUUUGCUCGGCAAAAAAACUUCACGGAGGCAGACACACGCAGCCGCUAACUUUAGAAAAGAGCUGAAGCACCGCGUAAACGUAUGA